AUGGUGGUGAAGGAAGAGCCAAGUGGCCGUGGUGAAUUGUCUCCCUCAGUGGUGUUGCAGUUAAAUGGAAGGAACGCGCCUUCCUCCUCCGCACCAUCUUCUGCUUUCGGGUCGGACUCCGGGUUACUGGAUAGAGCCUACGCGGGCUCUUACUCAGCCAUGCUGAAAGUGGCCCAAAUGUUAUUGCUGCUGAUUGGAUUCAUCUGCAUAAGAUCUUCACGGUGGAUAGAUCACAGUACAUACACCUACUUUGAAAUUAUCUCCAUGUAUGACUUAGUUAUGAUUCUAAUUUUCUACAUUGUCUACAUCUUCAGAAUUUACCGAAUGCUGGCCUGCAUCAACUGGCCACUUGCAGAGUUUCUUCAUUACCUAAUAGGUACCGCCCUGCUUCUCAUUGCUUCUAUUGUGGUGGCAGCAAAAAGCUCCUAUUCAGCAGGUCCUGCAGCUGGAGCAGCCUUUGGCUUCUUAGCUUCAUUUCUGUGUAUCUUAAGUAUAUGGCUAUCCUACAAAGUCUCUUGUGUCACUCAAUCAACACGGAGCUUUUUAGAGUUGUCCGAGGGCUACUUCACUCUGGCCCGAAGGACACGAUAG